AUGACUUAUUUAGACCUGCCAUGGAUGAAUGCUGGACUGGAGAGCAAGAACAGAGCUCCGGAGGGGACAGAGGGAGCUUGGGAUAGCUUUCCAAGCCCACGGGGGAAGAGCAACACCAAACAGCUGCCCCACACAGCCAGGCUGCUCUGUAUGCUCCCCUCGCCCCAGGACUGCUUUAUAACGAGCUGUUUCUUGCAACCCCGCCAUGCUGGAGAGCACAGGCAGCUGGCAGUGCCCUGGCGGGUAGACAAACCCCAGCGUGCGAUACCGAGCCGGAUUGCGAAAUCCUGCCACUUGGCUGGAGCGGCGCAGCAGGAGGGAAUGGCGGGGCCCCAGGCUAUGCCAACACCGCCGCAGCCCAAAGGAACACGGCAGGCGGCAGGGGUGUGGCUGCGCCAAAGAGGUGCUGCGGUGCCGUUCCCCGCGGAGCUGCCGCUGUCUGACUUCUGCCACCGAAAUAACACCAAGGGUUAUGAAGUUUGGAAGCCAAAUUUACCUCUCAAAUUGUUUACUGUGAAAGAUCAUUUUUUUAGGUCUUGCCACUGGACGGUUGUUUCCGUUGACCCGCUGAGGGAAAAACUGACCCCCGACCUGAAUUGUAAGUUUCUUGUUAUUGGGGACACAAAAAACACACCCCCAGAGAUUGAAAUUUCUCCUGUCACUCUUUCAGCUGAUUUGGAGGCACUCAUCCUUUUGGCACGGUGCAUCAACCCACCAUUCUACCUGGCACAAGGGCAGGUAAUUGCUCAAGCUAUUCCCAUUCCAUCAGGGAUCCCAGUAGAUGAUGCAGCACCUCAGAUCUACUGGGCUCAAGCAGUGGGAGAAAACAAACCCAUCAUCUCAUGCCAUUUGAAGAAAGGUAGUGAAGGCAUGGGAAUGACAGGCAUGAUAGACACAGGAGCAGAUGUGACUGUCAUCCCUGAAAGGAGAUGGCCACCACAAUGGGAACUGCAACCGAUGGUUAGCCACAUCCAAGGAUUUUUGAUUGCGGCCACUGAGAAGUGCCAGACCCAAAAACUAGAAUGGACCACAGAUUCCCCAAUUUGGAUACCCCAGUGGCCGCUGAGUAAAGACAAAUUAAAGGCGCUAAAUGAGUUAGUGGAUGAGCAAUUGGCCCAAGGCAAUAAUGAACCUACUUUUAGCCCUUGGAACUCCCCAGUGUUUGUCAUUAAAAAGCCAGGGAAAGACAAGUGGAGAUUAGUUCAUGAUCUGAGAGAAAUUAACAAAGUCAUUGUAGAGAUGGGACCUCUUCAGCCAGGAAUGCUGUCUCCUGCCAUGCUUCCUCAAGAUUGGGAAUUGGCUGUGAUUGACAUCAAAGAUUGCUUUUUCAAAAUUCCUCUAGACCCUAUAGAUGCCUCCAGGUUUGCUUUUUCUGUGCCUUCCCUCAACAGAGAAGCCCCAAUGAGAAGGUUUCAUUGGAAAUCCCUCCCCCAAGGGAUGAAAAAUUCACCUGUGAUUUGCCAAUGGUAUGUUGCCACCUUGUUAUUCCCUGUGCGAGCUGAGGUGGGGGAAGCCAUUAUCCUGCAUUAUAUGGAUGAUGUGCGAGUGUGUGCCCCCCAAGAAAAAUUGCUCCAGUCCACACUGGACCGGGUGAUCGAAGUUUUAACAACUGCAGGACUCACCCUUCAGGAAGAAAAAGUACAAAUGCCUCCUUGGAAAUACCUAGGCCUGGAAAUCACUGCAAAAACAAUUGUUCCUCAAAAAUUGGCUUUUAACAGCAAUCCCAAAACCUUAGCCGACUUGCACUCUCUGUGUGGAACACUGAAUUGGGUUAGGCCUUGGCUAGGCAUUGCCACUGAUGACCUAGCCCCUCUUUUCAAUUUAUUGAAAGGGGGAGAUGAGCUGAGUGCUCCAAGGACACUGACUCCAGAAGCCAGGGAUGCUUUAGAGAAGGUAAGCAGUAUGAUGGAGAAGAGACAGGCACAUAGAUGCCAUCCAGAGCUGCUUUAUUGUAAUGGGGAAAUUGCCACAACUUCAGGGGUUGAUUUUUCAGUGGGACAAGGACCAGAAAGACCAUUUGAUAAUAAUUGAGUGGGUCUUUCUCAGUCACCAUUGGUCCAAAAAUAUUACAAGGCCACAGGAAUUGAUGGCCC